AUGGCAAUGGAAAGCCAAGACACGCCAUAUCUUCCUCAAGAAAUUAUCACAAACAUUCUCAAGCGUCUUCCUGUAAAAUCUCAAAUCCGAUUUCAAUGCGUGUGCAAAGAUUGGAAAAAUGUCAUGAAAGCCCCAUUUUUCAUUCAAGAACACCUCAACCACUCUACUGAUCAAAACCCUUUUCUUCUUUUCCGCUGGGGAAGCGAUACUCGCUAUUGUCGUUUGGCUUUGAUUCUGCAAAAUCUGGAGACGCAGGUUCUUGAAUUUCUGGACCCCCCAAUGACAAGUUACUCCCAGAUUGUUAAUUGCAGUAAUGGCUUGGUAUGCAUAGAAAAUUAUAAUUCAUGUUAUUACUUUCUGUUGUGGAAUCCAGCUACAAGAGAGGUCAGGCAAGUGUCCGGAGCUCUUCAUGAUUUGGAUCGUGGGGAUCGUUUCUUAACUAGUUACUUUCUAGGAUUUGGCUUCAGUCAACUUGCUAAUGAUUACAAAAUAGUGAGAAUUUUUGUUUCUGUGGAUGAUGAUGAAGUUGAUAAAGUGGAAGUGUAUUCAUUAAACACAGAUUCGUGGAAAGAAGUUAAUGCUUGGAACUUCGAGCAUGUAGUAUUUAGAAAGAGGAAUACACCCACUGUUACAGUUAAUGGAGCUAUCUUUUGGCAUGGGUUAAAGUAUGGCACAACUGAUUUGCAUGUGAUAAUUUCAUUUGACAUAGCAUUGGAAGAGUUUGCAUUGAUUCCGUAUCCUCCUGUCCGUAGACCAUAUGAUUGUUGUCUUAGUGUGUAUGAGAAUAAACUUGCUAUGGUUUCUUUCCAAAAGAUUAAUAUUGGACACUUUAUAUUUUCUUGGCUUGAUUUGUGGGUGAUGGAGGAGAGCCCCAAUGAAUCCGGAGAUCAGAGAUUGGGUUGGAUUAAAAGAUACAGUAGCAACCUUUAUCCAUGCUGGUUGUGUCCGGUGACUAUAUGGAGGAAUGAAAUUGUCUGCGACAUAUUUCCUGAAAUUAUUGAAGGUGAUGAUGAGGAGAAUGUUGGAACAAAAAUUGUGCUAUGCAAUAUCACUACUAAUGAAUUUAAGAUGUCUCAUAUCCGCAUAAAGUUCUUUCCUCAAGAGAUUUACAAUUAUGCAGAAAGCCUUGUACCAGUGCAUUAUCCAAGUUGA